UUUCAAAAUAAAAUAACAAAUAUUUAAUUUAUUUGCUCCUUAAUUUCAUAUAUUUUUAAAUUAUUAAUAAACUGGAUCACGAAACGUAUUUCAAAGAAGAAAAUCAAUUAUAAUUCUGAUCAGUAAAUUAAAUCAAUAUUACGUAAAUUUUUAAAUUCUUUAAGUUUUUAAGUUUUCCAAAGUUAUUUAGGAAUAACAAGCAAUUAUAAGAAAAAUACUAUAAUAAAUAAACAUAUUGCGACCAAAACUUAUUCCAUUACAAAUGAAUGUAUUUCGAUAUAUUGUAAUUAUAGCGUUUCUUAUUAACGUUGCAAGCUGUCGAAAAAAAAGUUCAGUGACUGUUAGACUGCAAAACAUUACACAUAUAUUAGGAAAUAUCUUGGACUCCUAUGAUGUUCGGCUUCGACCAAAUUUUGGGGGUUCUCCUCUGUACGUUGGGAUGGACUUGACGAUAGCAAGUUUUGAUGCGAUUUCCGAAGUUAAUAUGGAUUAUACUAUUACUCUUUAUUUGAAUCAAUACUGGAAAGAUGAGCGAUUAGCUUUUAAUGAAUAUGAUAUAUUAACAAAUGGCAACGAUGACGAAAGCGAUGAAAAUUAUGAAGUAGAUGGAAAUGCAUUAACUUUAUCUGGAGAUUUUGCAGAAAGAAUAUGGGUUCCUGAUACCUUUUUCGCAAAUGAUAAACACAGCUUCAUACAUGAUGUUACUGAAAGGAAUAAGCUGGUCAGACUGUCUGGAGAUGGGUCAAUUACUUACGGUAUACGAUUUACAACUACCUUAGCUUGUAUGAUGGAUCUUCAUUAUUAUCCACUAGAUUCUCAAAAUUGUACUGUAGAAAUUGAAAGUUAUGGAUAUACAGUAAUGGAUGUUGUGAUGUAUUGGAAACCGACUCCAAUCAGAGGUAUAGAUAAUGCUGAGAUUCCGCAAUUUACAAUUAAAGCUCAUGAGACAAAUGACAGAAAAGAAAAACUAGCAACGGGAAUUUAUCAAAGAUUAUCACUUUCGUUUAAACUUCAGAGGAAUAUUGGUUAUUUUAUUUUUCAAACAUAUUUACCAAGCAUACUAAUAGUGACACUUUCAUGGGUCUCAUUUUGGAUUAACCAUGAAGCAACAAGCGCAAGAGUAGCCUUAGGAAUUACAACUGUUUUAACUAUGACAACAAUCAGUACCGGUGUUCGUAGCUCACUACCACGGAUUUCGUACGUUAAAGCUAUAGAUAUAUAUUUGGUGAUGUGCUUUGUAUUUGUAUUUGCAGCUUUAUUGGAGUUUGCUGCGGUUAAUUACACUUACUGGGGUGCGAGAGCAAAAAAGAAAUCUAAGCAAAAAAUUGAAGAGAAAAAACUUGCCAAAUGUAAUAAAAAUGAAAUACUUCAAGUAAGUGAUGGUAUAAUAGAAUUACAAAACGUAAGAAUGAGUCCGAUUGCUUCAUUAAGAAGAGGAAACUGCGCUUUUGGAUCAGGUACUUCCGAGCCGACGGAAUUGGAUAAAUUUCCUCCAAGUUUUCGUAUAACACGAACAAAUGGAAUUAACAUUCGAUAUAGAAAAAAUUCAGUUAUUCAAGCACCAAAACCAAAAAUAAAGGAUACUCUUAGAAAGAGUGCUUCAGCCAUCAAAGCAUCAUUUCCGAGAAUCAAGAACGUGAAUAUAAUAGACAGAUAUUCUCGGAUGAUUUUUCCAGUGAGCUUUUUAGCCUUUAAUACAGGAUAUUGGUUAUUUUAUAUAAUUGAAUAAAAAUUUGGCAAUAAAAUUAAUAUGUUAUUUACCACACAA